AUGGACAGUGCUGCUGCUUUAGUGCAGGGGCUCUGGCCAGCCAUCACCCUUCAGAACACCACUCUUGCUAAUGGUUCUACGAUCAUCAGCCCGCUCGGUGGAUACCAAUAUAUCCCCAUUAAAUCCGUUGAACCGAACGAGGACGUCUCUCUCGAGGGCUUUACGAACUGCAACGCUCUGGACACGUACAUCGAACAGUUCUACAACUCCACUGCCUUUGCUCAGAUGGCCAAUGAGACCUCUACAUUCUUUGCGGAGCUCCCGCCCCAUGUUGCAGGGAAAGCGGUCUCUCUGGAGAACAUCUGGAACAUUUUCGACUACAUGAACGUCAACUCAAUUCAUAAUGCUAGCUUUCUGAACGCUCUCCCGCCGACUUUCCUCGCCCAGGCAACCGCACUUGCCAAUUGGCACGAGUACAACAUCAACAGCGAUAUUCAGUUCGACGGUAUCGGGAACAUCGCCAUCCGUACGAUGCUCCCCGGUAUCAUUGAUUCGGUCGAGCAGAUUACAAAUGCUCCAACUGGCCUCAAGCUCGCGUAUACUGCCAUCUCCUACAAGCCUUUCCUCAGCUUGUUCAACAUGACCGGCGUUGUGGCCGAUGGUGCCCUUCCUCCCGCCAUCGUGGGAUAUGCUGCGUCGGUAGUUCUCGAGGUCCGCCAGCCCUCCUCGGACGGGGAGCCCGUCAUUCGUUUUAACUUCAAGAAUGGCACGGCGGACGAGACAUUCAGCCCCUACCCAAUGAAGUUCCCUGGCUGGGACGGUACUAGUGGCGGGGACGUCCCGAUGUCCACAUUCAUAUCUGCCUUCGCCCCGGCAACUGUGAACACCACCCUUGAGUGGUGCCAGGUCUGCGGCGUGACGGAUUCCACGCGGGGCUGCUCAUCACUCAUUACCGCGAACGCUCCCGCGCAAUUCCGCGCGCACUACAAGGUCUCGCCGGUGGGCGCCGGCUUUCUCGGUGCUGGUCUCACUGUCGUGAUGAUUGGUGCCCUGCUCGGCGUGUUGAUCUUCCUUGGUGUGCUGACGCUUGGUGCCGGCAAGUUGAGACGGUGA